AUGGUGGUGGCUGCAGGUGGUUAUGAUGCAGCCUCUCUUCUGCUGCAGUUGGAGCGUCUGGCUGCAGCUCGUGCUGCAGAGGAGUUGGCCCUCAGAGCAGCAGAGGAGGCUGUGAGACAACUGGAGCAGGAACAUGCAGCAAAGAUCAUCAUAGACUCCAUCACUGAACCACAAGAUCAUCUGCCAAACAUCCAAGAAGAAGAGAAUGAGGAUGACCCUGAGUUAACAACACUUAAGGAGGACAGUGACGAUGGGUCUGAUUUACCCAAAGGACAGAAAACAGAGGCUGAAUCUCUUGUUGAUGUGUGUCGCGCUGGCAGUACCGUGGCCUCGAACCAAGAUGUGACUCCCUCCUCAACCGAAGUGGAGCUAGUCGCUGAAAACAAAACUGAGGAGGUCAAAGAAGCUCAGGCGAAAGGAAUGCAGCAGCAAAAGCCAAUCACAGACCAGAAAGAGCCAGCCCAACAGCCAUUCGCAACGAAGCAAGAGCAACAGUCAAUCACCCAACAGCCUGAGCCGCAAGCCGCAGAAGCCCCGCCCACCAACGCAGACCAGGUCCCAGCUGGAACAACAGAAGAAACUGGAUGUGGACCCCCCACUAUCUGCUCGCCCAUUCAGACUUUCAUGCUUCGUUUCCCAUUGGCCGCUGAAUACCUGGAAAACUGCAAGAAACUGAUGCAUGACCACUACCUGACCCCCCCAAAGCUGUCCCCGCCCACCCCCCCACCCGAUUUGGCCCUUCUCAUCCAAGAAAUAGGAGAACUACCCAAGCAGAUAGUCCAUGUGGACCACAUGGACCAGGACUCGGGUCAAAGAAGAAUUCUGACCAUCCCUCAAAUCGUGACCACUCCAGAACAUGAGGCCUACUCUUUAACUGUGCCCAAAGCCAUUAAAAUCAGUCCGACUGGUGAUCAGCUGAUGUGUGAAGCAGAGGAUGAGCCACUGAAGUCCUGGGGCAGUCAGGGGGACCUGCUCAGUGCUGAUGAAGAAGGGCGCCCUGCCUCUGCAGCCAGUGUGGGCAGUGUGGUGGUGCAGGAGCGUCUGAACGAGCUGCUGCGACAGUUCAAAGGUCGAACAGAGACAAAGAAAGAAAAACUGGUGGAUCCAGAUGAGUCAGAGGAGGAGAGUCCACAGGCCUCUCCUGCCAAAGCCCCUCCCCCUCCGCCCCCACCCUCGGGAGGUGAGGAGAAGAAGGAUGCACCCCCUGCUGGUGAAAAGGAGGAGGAGAAGGAGGAGGACAAAUGGAUGAUGUUUGAGUUUGAGAUUUUGGGGGAGCCAAUAAAACUGCCAGUCCCCAAACCUCCGCCAAUGCCCGACUUUAUGCGGGCGAUCCUGGCAUACCGCUUCCCUGCCAGCAUCGACCCGUUCACUGACCUCAUCUACGUGUUCUGGCUCUUCCUGGUGGUGGCUGCGUGGAACUGGAACGUUUGGCUGAUCCCAGUGCGUUGGGCUUUUCCCUAUCAAACUCCAGACAACAUCCACCUGUGGCUCUUCAUGGACUACACCUGCGACCUCAUCUACAUCCUAGACAUCCUGGUGUUCCAGCCCAGACUGCAGUUUGUGAGGGCCGGGGACAUCGUGUGUGAUAAAAAGGACAUGAGGGACCACUACAUGACCACAGAAAGAUUCAAGAUGGAUGUGAUCAGCUUGUUUCCAAUGGAGGUAUUUUACUACUUUACUGGAGUCAACUCUCUGUUACGUUUCCCUCGACUGCUCAAGUACAUGGUUUUCAGUGAAUUCAACGACAGGAUGGAGGCUGUAAUGAAGAAAGCCUACAUCUACAGAGUGAUCCGGACCUCCUCCUACCUGUUGUACUCUCUGCACAUAAACGCCUGUCUGUUUUACUGGGGCUCUGACUAUGAAGGACUGGGAUCCACUAAAUGGGUCUACGAUGGUAAAGGCAAUGCGUACAUCCGUUGUUAUUAUUUUGCUGUGAAGACCCUGAUCACCAUUGGAGGGCUGCCGGACCCCACCACAGUCUUUGAGAUCUGCUUCCAGCUCCUAAACUACUUUGUGGGCGUCUUUGCAUUCUCCAUCAUGAUUGGACAGAUGAGAGACGUUGUUGGAGCAGCGACCGCGGGGGAGAACUAUUACCGCGCUUGUAUGGACAGUACCAUCAAAUACAUGACCACAUACCACAUCCCCCGAGAAGUGCAGCACCGCAUCAAGACUUGGUACGACUACACCUGGAUGAGCCAGGGCAUGCUCGAUGAGCAGGAGCUGUUGAUCCAACUUCCUGAGAAAAUGAGAAUGGACAUUGCUGUGGAUGUGAACUACAACAUUGUCAGUAAAGUGGCUUUGUUUCAGGGCUGUGACCGGCAGAUGGUUUUUGACAUGCUCACCCGCCUCAAGUCUGUGGUGUACUUGCCCGGAGACUUUGUGUGCAAAAAGGGGGAGAUUGGCCGAGAGAUGUACAUCAUAAAGCAGGGCGAAGUGCAGGUGGUGGGUGGUCCCGACUUGACCACAGUGUUUGUGACGAUACGAGCUGGCUCGGUGUUCGGGGAGAUCAGUUUGCUCGCUGGAGGCGGAGGGAACAGACGGACAGCCAAUGUGAAAGCUCAUGGUUUUGCAAACCUCAUGAUCCUGGACAAGAAAGACCUGGCUGAGAUCCUGGUGCACUACCCAGAAUCCCAGAAACUGCUCCGGAAAAAGGCCAAAACGAUGUUGACGAAGGAUAAGAAGCCUGAGGAGAAGGGGGGUAAGGAGGCAGUGGCGGUGAUCCCCCCAAGACCAGAGACCCCUAAAAUGUUUAAAGCGGCUCUGAAAGUGACCGAACAAGCCGGGAUAGAGGGCACCUUUGCCAAACUCAAGGCAGCCUACAAACCAACAGAGGCAGAGGAGGCCUCCUCCACCCAGCUUCCACGCCCUCCGCCCUCCCCCAUGCACCGCCGUAGCCCUGUCCCAGUGUUCAGAGCCGCAGAGGACGAUGACACUGUGGCGGAGACUGCAGACAGCUCCCUCAUCAUCCGCAUGACCCCUAGGAGAGAGGGGGAGGAGGUGCUCAGUGUGGAGGUCAGCCCGGCAGAGGAGGAGGACGGGGACAGAGGAUCGGAGAUGGGCCCUGGAGAGAAGAAGUGA